AUGCUGCCCCGAGAGCUCCUGUCCCUGCUCACGCUGCUCUGUGCUUUCAGACUUUCUGCCUCUGUGGUGGAUGAAGACGACGACUACGAGCUCAUGUACGUGAAUCUGGAUAACGAAAUCGAAGGUCCAGCCCCUGCGGCUGAGGAAGCUGCUUCGUGCGACUGCCAGCGGGAGCACAGCAAGUGGGACAAGCUGUUCAUCAUGCUGGAGAACUCGCAGAUGAAGGAGAACAUGAUGCUGCAGGCUCUGGAUGAGCUGCCCAGGCUGGAGCUGCAGACGCUGAGGGCAGAGCUGAGCCAGCUGGCCACCACCCUGGCGGGCACUGUCACCACCGUCACCUCGCGCGUGGCGUCCCAGGUGGAGCAGGCGCUGCUGAGGAGCAGGGACCAGGCUGAGCAGGCCCGGAGGCUGCAGGAGUCGGAGCAAGGGAAGGUUCUGGAGCACGUCCUGCAGCUGAGCCACAACGUGUCGGCGAGGCUGGGCUGGCUGGAGAGCGCCUGGCGCGGCAGGGCCGAGGAGCAGGCACGGCACACAGCCCUGCAGCAGGACAAACAGCAUGGCAGCAGAGGGGACAGCCCCAUCCUGAGCUCCCUGUGGAAGGAGCUGCAGCAGACCCGGGCUGAGCUGAGGGCGUCACAGCAAUGGGCAGCUCAGCACCUGCUGCCAGCAGGCUGCGAAACCGCAAUCCUGUUCCCCAUGCGCUCCAGGAAGAUCUUUGGCAGCGUGCACCCGACCUCUGCCAUGACCCUGAGCUCCUUCACCGCCUGCAUCUGGCUCAAGGUGACCGAGGCCCUGGACAAAACCAUCGUGUUCUCCUACGGAACCAGGUUCAACCCCUACGAGAUCCAGCUGUACCUGAGCCGCGCCUCGGCCGUGCUGGCCGUGGGCAGCGCCCAGCACAAGCUGGCUGCCACCAACGUGGUGGUUCCUGGCAAGUGGCUGCACCUGUGCGGCUCCUGGAGCUCGGAGAACGGAUCUGCGUCGCUGUGGGCACAGGGGGAGCUGGCAGCCAGCGCCUGGCACGUGGCUGGGGCUCACACCAUCCCCGACGGGGGCAUCCUGCAGCUGGGCCAGGAGAAGAACGGCUGCUGCGUGGGAGGAGGCUUUGAUGAAGCUCUGGCCUUCUCGGGGAAGCUGACUGGCUUUAACCUGUGGGACAGAGUGCUCAGCCCCGCCGAGGUGACAGCCCAGAGCACGGGGGACACCUGUGGCACCCGGGGCAACGUGGUGGGCUGGGGGGUGACCGAGGUGCUGCCCUACGGAGGGGCCCAGUACGUGUCCUAAAGCUGGGGCUGCACGGGGACGGAUUGCACAGAGCUGAACAGCCAGAGCUGCAGCAGCCCCUGCCUCUGGAAUCCCCAAGGAACAGCAGCCCUGCAAGCUCACAGAAGGAGGCACUGUGGGGAUGGGAUGGAUCUCUGCCUGCUGCCCUGGAGAAACCCUGAAAACACAGCCACACACCAAGGGGUGGCACUGCAAAGCUGCUCCUGGGGCCAGGCAGCUCUGUCUCUCCAGUGCAGGGUUUCUGAUGUAUAAAGUGAGGGUCACCAUGGACACUCAGGAGCCAAAUGGAGCUC